AUGAGAGGAAAGCUUGUGCUUACCCAGACCAGGUUCGAAUCCUGGAGAGUAAGCAAGGGGACUGAGGCGCGCCGCAGUAGUUACACUGUCACGCUGGGCCCAUACGUCACUAAAGCGGCGUGUCCUGUGCCCACACCACUGCAGCAGCAGUGGGCCACCCUGAGGGGCCCACCACAAAGUCAAGGGGGCCCUCCACGACCCAAGGGGCCCUCCACGACCCAAGGACCCUCUCCACGAGCCAAGGGCCCCUCCACGACCCAAGGGCCUCUCCACGACCCAAGGGCCCUCCACGACCCAAGGGCCCCUCCACGACCCAAGGGCCUCUCCACGACCCAAGGGGCCCUCCACGACUCAAGGGGCCCUCCACGACCCAAGGGGCCCUCCACGACCCAAGGGGCCCUCCACGACUCAAGGGGCCCUCCACGACUCAAGGGGCCCUCCACGACUCAAGGGGCCCUCCACGACUCAAGGGGCCCUCCACGACUCAAGGGGCCCUCCACUACCCAAAGGGCCCUCCACGACCCAAGGAGGCCCAGAGCAACACCACUAUAG